AUGGAUAACAGAAAGAAAAUCUUUGCUGCCACCGAAGGCGAACUUCAGGAUAUGCAAAGAAAGGAGGUCACGAUCGGAGAGAACAGCGUCCUUCUUGCUAAACUCGAUGGAAAGUACUAUGCCACUUCCAAUAAGUGCACUCAUUACGGCGCCAAAUUGACGGAAGGCACCUUUUCUUCCGAUGGUCGUAUCAUGUGUAAAUGGCACGGUGCCUGUUUCAACGUCAAAACGGGCGAUAUUGAGGAUGCACCUGCUUUGGAUAACUUGGUCAAGUUUGAGGUGUCUGUAGAAGAUGGCAACGUGUACGUGCACGUGAACGAGAAUGUUCUCGAACAAGCACGUCAACGACCUCGUUGUGUGAAACGCGAUCCUACCGAGUCAGAAACCGUUGUCAUCAUUGGUGGAGGUGCUAGUGGUGCCGCGGCGGCUCAGAAACUUCGUGAAGAAGGCUUCAAGGGACGCAUUCGCAUUGUGUCCCGUGAAGAUUACUAUACUAUUGACAGAAUCAAGUUGUCCAAACAAUUCGGUAUUGAUGAUAUCAACAAGAUUACACUGCGCCCGAAAUCAUUCUGGGACGAUCUCGAUGUGGAAUUCCAAUUGAACACUGAUGCUGUUGAUGUCAAGCCUGAAUUGAAGCAGGUUCUUUUGAGCAAUGCCGAUACAUGGACAUACGAUCAUUUGAUUCUGGCUUCCGGGGGCUGGCCCAAGAAACUGGGGCUUUCUGGUGAAAACCUGAACAAUGUCUUUACCAUCCGUAUGGUGCAAAACAACCAGGAAAUCUCCAAAGUUAUCGAAAAGGUCAAGAAUGAAGAAGGAAGAAAAGCCAACCUUGUCAUUGUUGGUUCGUCCUUUAUCGGUAUGGAAUACGCUUCGGCGGCCAACGAUAACGCCAACGUCACUGUGGUGGGCAAGGAUAAAAUCCCUUUCACUGCGGUCUUGGGUGAACGCAUCGGUUCGACCAUGAUGAAGUUCCAUGAAUCCAAAGGCGUCAACUUUGUGAUGGGUGUCAACAUUGUAGGCUUCAAGCCUAAAGCCAACGAUCCCUCUGCGGUGGGAUUCGUUUCUGUGGAAGGUCAUGACGACAUUCCUGCGGAUCUUGUUCUCAUGGCGGUCGGCGUGGCUCCUCAAACGGACUACAUCAAGUCAAGCAAAUUAAGCCAAGCUGAAGAUGGUAGCUUGGAGGUCGACCAGUACUUCAAAGUCAAGGGCACCGAUAACAUUUACGCUUCAGGUGAUAUUGCUACCUUCCCUUAUCAGCACACUGGCGAAAAGCUCCGCAUCGAGCAUUGGGGCUUUGCAGAAAACACCGGUCGUACGGUGGCAAUGAACAUCAUGAAGAAGAACAGACCAUUUACCCAUGUCCCCUAUUUCUGGACGGCUCAUUACGGUACGACUCUUCGCUACGCUGGAUUUGCCAAAUCGUUUGAUGAUGUGAUUGUCCAAGGUGAGCUGGACGAUCUCGAAAAGCUCUCGUUUGUGGGUUAUUUUGCAAAGGGCGAUACUAUUUUGGCUAUUGCUUCCUAUAUGAAGGAUCCCAUUGUCAGCUAUUGCGCUGAAUUGUUGCGUAUCGGCAAAAUGCCAUCGGCUUCGGACAUCCGUAACGGUGUUGAUCCUUUGAAUAUCUCCUUGGAAGUCCCCUUUGAAGGACAGAGCAAGCGUGCCGAUGGUUCAAGUUGA